AUGAGCAAGCCGGGGCCAAAACCCAAGUCGGCCCUUUCACUCCAUGCAGGGAUAUACAAAGCCGAUGCAGUCAAAGAUGUCGCCGAGUCACUCGGAAUCACCAGUCUUUCUGAAACCGUCGCAUCCGCACUCGCCAGCGAUGUAGAAUACAGGGUGCACCAGGUAGUCGAGGAAGCCUCUAGAUUUAUGCGACAUGCUCGCAGAACGACGCUCACUACUAGCGACAUCGACCUCGCCCUUCGUACGCUCAACAUCGAACCCCUCUACGGUCACACACCACACGCAUCCACUACUUUCCGACGUGCCCUUCCGUUCCCAAACACGCCCUCCGCAGGGACCGUGUACUUUGUUGAAGACGAGGAGAUCGACUUCGACAAAGUGUUGCGAGAAGAGAAGAUCAUCAUCCCGAAAGGCGUGAAUUGGACAGCGCACUGGCUUGCAGUCGAGGGCGUGCAGCCCCUCGUUCCAGAAAACCCUCCAGCCGUCCCUCGAGAAGACGCGGCUGCUCCACCUUCAGCAGCUCUCAACGGCAAAUCGCCGCAACUUGGUCUCGCAAAAUCACAACAGGCCUCUGCUCCACAAACUCAACCGAAUCAACUCGUCAAACAGGUCCUGUCGCGAGAACUGCAGCUCUAUUAUAGCAGGCUUACGUCCUCGUUGCUGCCCCCUUCGACUGCCCCAGCUGAGACAGCCAAGCGAACUGCAGCCCUUGCUAGCUUGCGCGCGGAUGCAGGACUGCAGGCACUUCUGCCUUACCUUGUGAAAUGGAUCGGAGAGGGCGUUGUCAGUGCCCUUCGAGAGGAAACAGAUGCUGAACAGGAAGGAAGAAUGCUCGAGAUCUUGUUGGACGUUACAAGCGCUAUCCUGGAGAACUCGACUUUGUUCAUUGAGCCUUAUCUCCACCAGUUGCUUCCAUCUAUUUUAUCCGUUCUCCUUCAUGCAAGCUUGCCCAGUUCCCAUGCAAAACAUCUCAGGACGGCAGCUGCUCAAAUGCUGGGCAGGGUCCUGACACAACAUUCGACAACCUACCCUUCGCUAUCGCCACGCAUCAUGAAGACCCUGUUAGUCGCCCUUCUGGGCAACACGCCAACCGCCCAAAGCACGAUUUCAACAACUGUCAAUGGAUUCGCAAUGGAUACGAGCGGGACCCCCACCAGGGACGGUGCUCGAGGCCCGCCAAAACCUCUUGGCACCCGAGAAGGUGCAAUACGAGGACUUAUUGGAAUUGGAAAAGAGGCAGUACGGAAGGGCAUACUGGAAGGCGGAGGAGCGCGCAUCGUUGGAGAGGAAAUUACAGCUUCAGGGGUGGAGGGUGCGAUCGGUGUUGUUGAAGCCAUGGCUCUAGACACACUCCAACCGCCUUCCGAUAUGCCGGAGACGUUAGACUCCUCAAGAGAAGAGGACGCUAGGCUCAUUGCACAGUUGCGUGAUUUACUAGGGGAAUUCUUCACUUCACGAGUGGUCAGUCGCGGCGACCGGAGUUGGGCUGCUGGCCUGGUCGCAAGCGUGAGCACUUAA